UAAGUGUACCAAACAAAAUCAGUAACUCACCAAUUCAUCCAAACAAAACCCGCUUUUAUCAAUAUGCCGUUGAACAUGGAAUGGAUCCUGAGAAAUUUUCGAUCGUUACUGAGGCUGAGAAAAAUAGGUGGACUAUGGGAUGUUUUCGUGGGGAUUUGGAAAGAGAUAUACGCUUUUAUCGCGGUGGAAUAGAAAGUAAAGAAGACCCUAGAAAAUAUCGUGAAUUUUUAACAGAUCGGGAGAGGCUAAUCGGUGAAGAGUUAUUACGUCGCAGUAUACUAAAAAGUGGUUUGAGUACUGCAUGGCUCGAUGAUCUUAUGGAAGAAUGGGAAAAAAUCCAUACUCAAUUUAUACAAAUUUUUAGCUAG